AUGUCGCGCAACGCCAUCCACGCGUUUACCAAGCGUUUCCUUUCGACUCCAACCCCGACCACCACAAUAACCGUGAAAUCGACGCCAUCUAAAGCUCAUCACCAUGUGGAACUACCCUCGUCAUCGUUCCCGAAAGGAUAUUUGCUCACAGGUGUCCAUUGUGGUAUCAAAAAGAACCCCAGUGUCAUGGACUUGGGUAUUAUCAUCUCAACGUCAGAGAAACCGACAUCUGCUGCAGCUUGUUUCACUCGGAACGCAUUCAAAGCAGCCCCGGUCAUUGUCUCCGAUGAUAUUCUAAAACAAAAUGCUGGGAGGGCAAGUGCAAUCGUGGUCAACAGUGGGUGCGCGAAUGCAGUAACUGGGAAGCAGGGUAUGGAGGACGCAUGGACGAUGGUGCGCGAAACCGACGCCUUGCUACCAGCCGGUGCCAACCAGAACAACCAAACUCUCGUUAUGUCAACCGGUGUCAUAGGUCAAUCCCUUCCCAUUUCGAAAAUUGUGGCCGGUAUCCGCUCGCAGUUGAGCACAGCGGGUACUCGGUCUUUGGGCUCGGACUUUUCAGCUUGGGAACGAGCAGCGAAGGCGUUCAUGACGACUGACACAUUCCCGAAACUGCGUUCGCGUGUCUUCACGAUGAAAGGGAAGGAGUUUCGGAUUGCUGGCAUGGACAAAGGCGCCGGAAUGAUCCACCCCAACAUGGGACCAGCUUCCACUCAACUUCACGCAACUCUCCUGGGGUGUAUCCUCACCGAUGCUGCUGUUUCGCCAAGGAGUCUCCAAAGCGCCUUGACCUAUGCCGUCGACCGAAGUUUCAACUCCAUCAGUGUCGAUGGGGAAAUGUCUACCAACGAUACUAUCAUUGUGUUAGCCAAUGGAGCCGCUGCUGCAGAUGCAAAGGAGAUCGACGAGCAGACCGACAAAGAAGCCUACGAAGUCUUUAAAAACGAGCUGACAGAAUUUGCUAUAGACUUGGCUAAACUUGUGGUCAGGGAUGGAGAGGGUGCCACGAAGUUUGUUACUGUUACUGUCAAGGGUGCCAAUGCUUAUACCGACGCUCACCGAGUCGCGUCUCGUAUAUCAACUUCAGCGUUAGUAAAGACGGCUCUUUACGGUGAAGACGCUAACUGGGGACGGAUAUUGUCUGCUACCGGCUCGGUGCCCUUGUCACCUGCAACGGUCUUAGACCCCACCAAAGUCAGUGUCUCUUUCGUUCCUGCCGACGGGAGCAGUCCCCUGCCUGUCCUUGUGGACGGGGAACCUGAAAAGGUCGACGAAGACCGAGCGAAAGAGAUUUUAAGCAACGAAGAAUUUGAGGUUGUUGUCGAUCUUGGUACUGGCGGUAACGAAACCGCAAGGUAUUGGACUUGCGACUUCAGCUACGAAUACGUACAAAUUAAUGGGGACUAUCGCAGCUGA